UGUGAGGCUCACUGUUAUUCCUUGUAACCCUAAAAACCGCGACCCUACUUGGGGGCUUAGUUUUCUCGUCUGAUCGGGGGCUCUUCUGGAGCUCAGAUGCAAGAUUGAGAGGGAUGGUGGCAUUGCCUGGAGCGCGCUCUGGAGUGUGGGGGGUGGAACCUGAUUGGAGAACAUCCCAGAGCCAGACCCAGGGGCCUCCCGAUUACCCCAGUUUCGUGGAGUCUGUGGAUGAAUACCGGUUUGUGGAGCGCCUGUUACCUCCCACCAGCAUCCCAAAGCCCCCAAAGCAUGAACAUUAUCCCACUCCUAGUGGCUGGCAGCCCCCCAGAGACCUUCCACCCAACCUGCCCUACUUUGUGCGGCGUUCUCGGAUGCACAGCAUCCCUGUCUACAAGGACAUCACGCACGGGAACCGUCAGAUGACUGUGAUCCGGAAGGUGGAGGGGGACAUUUGGGCCCUGCAGAAGGACGUGGAACAUUUUCUGAGCCCACUGCUGGGGAAGACACCCGUCACCCAGGUCAAUGAGGUGACAGGUACUCUGCGGAUCAAGGGCUACUUUGACAAGCAGCUCAAAGCCUGGCUCCUGGAGAAGGGCUUCUGAGGCCCAGCUGAGCAGCCUGCAUGACAGCGUCUCCCCCAGACUGAGUCCAGGGGAUCUCAGGAGGAGGGAGGUGGGUGUUGGAGGAACUAGGACAGUGCUACAGGACCAGGGCUAAGGGCUCAGAGUGAGGGUUAAAGGGCUUCAGAGCAGGCCUUGCUUGCACAGAGAGGGAAAUGGGACCCUCCGCACAGGAGCCAGUACUGGGGGAGACCUGUCUAACACUGGAGACCCACCAGGAACAGCUGAGCUAGUGGGGGGCAUUCGUUACUGUCCCCCUACCCCCACUCCCCGCUCCUGCUUUCUCUUUAUUGGAGCUCCUUAGCUCAGCUCUUCCAGUUCUGGAGGUUGCUGACUGCUCCUCUGGUGGAAGCACAGCCCAGUCCCAUUUUGGGGAAGGCAGCACAGGGUGGACGCAUUGGGCACAUUCCUUCCUGGCCCUCAGACCCUGACCGCUGCCAGCGCUCCCGAGCCCCUGCUCUAGGCCAGACCUGGUUUGGUGGAGCUACACACGACACAGAUGAUUCAGACGUGGCUCCUGGAGGCCUUCAGUUCCGAGUGCGGGGCUGGGCUCAGGGGCACAGCAUGCCCGUGUCAGCCCCCGGCUCAUUCUUUCUGUCCAUGCGGAGGUAGAAGGCCCUGUCCCUCUGCUCCAUCCCAGACCAGAGUUGGUCUGACUGGGUUUCCAGCUCCACGAAGCAGUCCUUAGCAUUAGCUGGCCUGCCCACAAGGGGGUGCUAGGGAUCUUCUAGCGGCCCUGCACAGGGGCCUUCUUCCCAGCUUGCUGACCUGGUCUCAAGGCUGGACAGAGGUGUACAGGCUGGAAGAUGCUGGCCUUUCACCCCUGCCAUCCAUCCCACCUCCAGGCAACGAACCUUCACACUCGCCCCAUCCUUGGAGUCACGAGGGCCAAAGGCCUGAGUUCCCACCUCCACCCCAGCAUCCAACUGGCUACAACAGGGUUCAGGGCUUGGCUCCCCUACUUGGUCUCCUGGGGGCUCAGUUUCUUCAUGUGUAAAAGGGGUAUAUCUUCCUAAUAUUUAAUAAUCAACAAUGUGCCCAAGAACAGCGCUGGCGUCUACAAAUUAACCCUCACCCCUGGAGAUUCCAGGCCAUUCUCAAGUCUACAGCCUGAGCGAGAAAAAGGAGCCCAGCGCGCUGAUCCUAGGACACCAGCUCCACCAAUCGUUAAUGCAAGUUUUUAUUCGGCUGUAUAUACAAUUUAAGCUAUUAAAAUUUGUACAAUAUUUACAAAUUAAAUAAUCAUCUGAAACUGUC